AUGGCUACGGAUGUGGUGGUGGUGGUGCAACACGCAGCGAUGAAUGGUGGUUGCUGCAAAAAGGGGCCGGGAUAUGCUCUUCCGCUUGAAGCCAUGGCUGACCUAAGGGAAUCUCUUAUUUAUGUCACCUAUGUUUACACAGGAAAUUUUAUUAGCAAGAAAAGAAACCAUGAACCAAUGAAAAUAGAAGAAGCAGCAGCACUUCCUCUCUUGAUGCUAUCUCAGGACAAUAGGAGUUGGCACACUGGUCCAACCACCGGUGCCGUCAUCGAACUCAUAGAAGACAUACUAAAUCCCCCAUCCACCUUUGUUACUACCACUAGUGAAAGAACAGGCGCUUUAGCCUCAGCCGGCGAUGACAAGAAAUCAAUGGAACCCUUCUAUCCUAUUGUUAUUACUUCUCCGUUGGACUAG